AUGUUCACGAAUGCGCAGCGCCAGGUCGAGCGCACCGGCCAUUCCGGGACUCCGCGAGACCAGUACCUUCAGGAUCUCGUGACCCAGUUCCAGAACGCCACGGAUGAAGAAUCUAAGGAAAAGAUAGCUGCGAACUUGGCAAAUUUUGCUUAUGACCCUUUUAAUUAUGCCUUCAUGCGCCAGCUGAAUGUUCUUGAGUUAUUCUUGGACUGCAUUACAGAGCCAAAUGAAAGGCUUGUCGAGUUCGGCAUUGGUGGAAUAUGUAACUCCUGUGUUGAUCCUGCAAAUGCUUCAAUCAUUACUCAGUGUGGUGGAAUCCCAUUGGUUAUACAAUGCUUAUCGAACCCGGUGCGGAAUACUGUGACUUAUGCACUUGGGGCUUUGUAUUACCUUUGCAACCCUUUGACAAAGAAGGAGAUCCUGAAACCAGAUGUAGUUAGGACUAUAAGAGAGUAUGCUUCAGCUGGAGCUGUCAGUACCAGCUUCAGCAAUCUGGCUAAUGCUUUCCUGGAGAAACAUGUUGAUCCAUGA